AUGGAGUCCAAGUCACCUUAUCAGUUCACAGUUUACAACCACGAGGCUGGUGUCAACAUCUGGAAGAUUUUGAUCCUCCUCAAGGAACUUAACCUUAGUUACAAGGAGUAUCUGCUCGACUUUGGCAAGGGUGAACACAAGGAGGAGUGGUAUCGUAAGAUGAUGCCCAAUGGACGUAUCCCAAUGAUCGUUGACCAUUGGAACAACGACAAGAUUGUCUGGGAGAGUAACGCCGUUAUGAAGUACAUUGCCGGUCGAUACGAUACGGAGAAGCGCUUCCUGCUCACGGAUCCUGAUGAGCAAACGGAUAUGGAUACAUGGCUAUUCUUCCAGGCCUCUCAUCAAGGACCGUAUUUCGGUGCGCUCCAGUGGUUCUCUUUCUACCACGAGGAACCUGUUCCCUCUGCUGUUCUCAGGUACGCAAAGGAGACGAGACGCAUUCUCGGUGUAUUGGACACCGUCUUGAAGGAUCGCGAGUGGCUCGUCGGAGGCAAGAUUACAAUUGCCGAUAUCGCCUUUAUCAAGUGCAAUGAAUACGCUACAAAACACCUCCUUGGUGCUACCUUCGAUUUCGCCGCCGAAUUUCCUCAUGCGGCACGUUGGCAUGGUCGCAUGAUGGCGCGUCCAUGCGUGCGAGAAGUUUUCAAGUACAAGGCCGAGCAGGAUUGCGGACGUGAAAGACAACACGUGACGGGGGAGACGGUGUCCGCAUUCGCCCAACGCAUGGGAUGCGGAAUCGAAGUCGGUGGCAUAGUCCGUGUGGCAGUCUAG